GCCUCUCCGUGGCGGUGGAGCUUAUACCACACCACACGCUACAGUGGCUCCCGGACUCCCGAGCCCCGGACGGCCGCCGCCUGGAGUACACAGGGUAUGCAGACAACGUCGUGCGUUACUUCGCCAAAGCGAUGAACUUUUCGUACAGGUAUGUGGUGUCUCCUGAAAGGACCUUCGGCACCAAGCUUCCUGAUGGUUCCUGGACGGGCGUGGUGGGCAUGUUGGUGAGGCAGGUGAGCGAACACCACAUCGUGUUCUCAGCAAGCACAGCUACUGUGGCUCUCGUGUGAGCUUCCAUCACUAGAAUCAGAUUCAGUUUCAUUUAGUUUUUGGUAUUUAUAUUAAUUGGACAAUACUCCAGCAUACUUCAAUCACUAUUCACAAUGGCGGCAAUUUGAAACAUACGCACACACUUCCAGGAGGCUGACUUCGUGCCGGGCCCCAUGAUUGUCAAUCUGGUGCGGAGAGAAGCAGCGGGACACACGUCAGUGUACGCCAUGCAGAACGUUAGAAUCAUCAAUGGUCUGACUGGUCUACAGGUAAACCCGUGGGGAUUCCUACUGCCCCUCACGGCCCUGGUGUGGGCAGCCACCCUGGGAUCGCUGCUGUGGGUGCUCACGAUACUGAACACACUCUCUUUUCUGCCCACCAAUGCAACAAGCCGUGCUAGCUUCUGCUCUGUGCGUGUACUCCUGCAGCAAGACGUGGUGUGGCCCGCCCAGUGGUGGUGGUGGGAGCGUCUGGUGCAUGGGCUGUGGAUGUUGACGGUACUGGUGUUAGCAAAGAGUUACGCCGGCAACCUCAUGUCCCUGCUGGCCGUGAGAUACGUGCCGCAGCCCUUCCAGACUCUGAGGGACGUCCUGGACCACCCCAGCGUCGCCAUGAUAUGGCAAAAAUUGUCCAGCUACGAACAAUAUAUAAGGAGCGUCAAGUCGGGAGUGUUUCGUGAGGUGGCGGACUUGGAGAAGGAAGGUCGCCUCAAGUUCCACACACAAGCACAAUACCUGACGAGUCUCGACACGCUGGUGCGGGAAGGGGAUCACGCACUCGUGGACGCGGCGAUUAGCCUUAGAAGCCUUAUUGCUCUAGACUUCUCUCAGAAAGGUCGGUGUGACUUCUAUAUAUCAAGAGAUGGGUUCAUGCCGUCCCUGGCUUCCAUGUGGAGUCAGAAGACCAAUCCUCUCAUUCACGCGUUCAACAAAAGGAUCGGGAGACUCAGUGAGCAGGGUUUGAUAACGUACUGGAUGGAAAACGUGCCAAACUUCACCGAGUGCGACAACAUUCCCAAGAAGAUGCUGGUCACCUCGUCCAUCUCCGCCUCCAACAUCUGGGGAGUGUUUGUGUUGUUGGGCGGGGGCGUGGUGGCCGGGCUGGCGGUGUGGUGCCUGGAAGUGUUUGUGAAGCCCUGCAAGGAACACUGACUCCCUCUGGCAACACUGUAGUGAAAGUAACAAUAAAUGAAUGGUAAUGACUAAGAAGAUAAUUAAAAAACGGAGUUCCUAAUGAAAUAAAUAAAUUUGUU